AUGGGUGCUUUUUUGUGGGAAAAAAGUGUUUUCAUACGUGUUAGACCUGGCAGGCGAGCACGGGAUUUCUCAGUAUUUCUCUUUCUUUCUUUCUUUCUUUCUUUCUUUCUUUCUCUCGUUUUCUUAUCUUUUCUUGCUUUCGUUUUCUUUUCUUAUCUUUUCUUACUUUCUCUCAUUUUGUUUUCUUUCUUUACUUAUUUCUUUAUUUUCUUUUCUUUUUUCUUUUCUUUUCUUUUCUUUCUUUUUCUUUCCUUCUUUCUUUCUUUUUCUUUCUUUCUUUCUUUCUUUCUUUCUUUCUUUCUCUCGUUUUCUUUUCUUUUCUUUCUUUCUUUUGUUUUCUUCUCUUAUCUUUUUUCUUUAUUUCUUUUUCUUUCUUUCUCUCAUUUUGUUUUCUUUCUUUCUUUAUUUCUCUAUUUUCUUUUCUUUCUUUCUUUCUUUCUUUCUUUCUUUCUUUAUUUCUCUCGUUUUCUAUUCUUUUCUUUUCUUUCUUUCUCUCAUUUUGUUUUCUUUAUUUAUUUAUUUUUCUAUUUUCUUUUCUUUCUUUUUUCUUUUUUCUUUCUUUCUUUUUCUUUCUUUAUUUCUCUCGUUUUCUUUUCUUUUCUUUUCUUUUCUUUCUUUUGUUUUCUUAUCUUUUUUUUAUUUCUUUUUCUUUCUCUCAUUUUGUUUUCUUUCUUUAUUUAUUUCUCUAUUUUCUUUUCUUUCUUUUCUUUUCUUUCUUUCUUUAUUUAUUUAUUUCUCUCGUUUUCUUUUCUUUUCUUUCUUUCGUUUUCUUUUCUUAUCUUUUCUUUCUUUCUUGUUCUUUCUUUCUCUCAUUUCUUUCUCUAUUUUCUUUUCUUUCUUUCUUUUUCUUUCUUUGUAUAUUUGCGCUACAUUGCUUCCUUUAUCCAUCUAUCUAUCUAUCUAUCUAUCUAUCUAUCUAUCUAUCUAUAUCUAUCUAUCUAUCUAUCUAUCUCACUCUGGUCAUAUCUAUCUAUCUAUCUAUCUAUCUAUCUAUCUAUCUAUCUAUCUAUCUCACUCUGGCCAUAUCUAUCUCUCUCUCUAUCUAACUAUCUCACUCUGACAUAUCUAUCUAUCUAUCUAUCUAUCUAUCUAUCUAUCUAUCUAUCUAUCUCACACUGGCCAUAUCUAUCUAUCUAUCUAUCUAUCUAUCUAUCUAUCUAUCUGUCUGUCUGUCUGUCUGUUGUAACCGAGUACGAGUUGAGGCAAUAUGUAGUAAAUAUCAAGUAA